UCAAGGGUGUUGUGUGCAAGGCCCUAUAUACUGUUGUGUGUUGUGUCGGUGGCUGCGUUGGAUCCAAGGCCCUAUGUUGGAUCUGCGUUGGCUGCGAUUUGCCGUAAGUUCGUAACAUGCAAGCCGCCAAUUAUCUAGAAUUGCCGUCUCCAAUUUAUGAAAAGGUUGCAUCCGUUCGCACAUAUUUUGAGUAGAGUUAUUGUUACGAUCAAGGAAGAUACUGUAUUGAAUUAACGACCAGCCGACCACCAUGCAAGACGAGUUGGAGCGUGCCCAGUUUGAGGAAGUGUAUGUGUGGGUGGACGACAUUCCUCUAUCGCGUCCUCGGCGUAACAUCCACAGGGAUUUCUCUGAUGGCUGUAUGUUCGCAGAGGUGGUACAGUACUUCGUACCUCGCCUGAUCGAGCUUCACAACUACAUCCCGGCCAACAGCGUGAAGCAGAAGCGCCAGAACUGGGACCUGCUCUGGAGGAAGGUGCUGCCGAAGUUCGGCAUCAGACCGAGUGAUGUCAACACGGACUGGCUGGUCCAGGCCAAGCCCGGUGCCAUUGAGAAGCUCCUCUACCUGCUGAAAACGAAACUCGAAGAGUCUGACGGCCGAGAGCUCAACGACUCCUGCUCUGUGAACCAGUCGGCGACUCCUCCGACGUCAGAGCGACUAGAGUUGUCUCAGACGGACGUCUCUCCAAGAGAAAAUCCAGCGGACGGCGCGACGCCCGACCAGCCGGACUCUCCCGGCCUGCCGCCGACAGCGCCUCUAGCGGCGGAGACGGACAGCUCUCGCCGGCCGGCCGUCGCGCCCGUCGCUACCUCCGCCCCCGUCCCCGUCUCACAGAUUCCCGUGAAGCGGAUCGGGGUAGCCCGCGGCGGACCAACACCAGGCUCCCCUGCCGAGCUGGCCAGGCGAGGGAGGAGCAGACUCACGCCAAAAUCCUCUCCGACUACGGCACCAGCAAUCGGCACGCACGCCCAAACGGCUGAGAGGAACCGACUUCGGCAGCUGGUCAUUGAACAGACUGAGCAGAUUGCCGUGCUAAAGGCCCGUUGCUGUAAGCUGGAGCAGCUGCUGCAGCUGCGGGACGAUCAGCUGCGACAGCUGGGCGGCGGUGAGCCCGAGUGACCCGUCUCGAGGUCAAGAACGGUCAACGGACAGUGGAGGCUGGUGAGAGUCCGAUGCGCCCGGUCGAUGAACUACUGCAACUGCAACGGUGAUUGUCAUGCUGUGUUGAAAAGCGAUGUGUGUGGAUAAUGAAAAAUAUUUCAUCAUUCAAUAACAAACUUGAGGCGUA